AAGACAAGAAAAUCUAAAUGUAAGUAAGAGAAGAAAGUUUCUGCAGGAGGGAAACUGACUUCCUGGUUUAACGAUCUGUCUGCUGUGUUUUCAGCUUCACUCAGAGACUAAAUGGCUUCCAGAUUAGAGGAGGAUCUCUGCUGUCCGGUCUGUCAGGACGUCUUUAAGGAUCCGGUUGUUCUGUUAUGUAGCCACAGCUUCUGUAAGGAGUGUCUGAAGAACUGGUGGAGCCAGAAAGCAGCACAAGAGUGUCCAGUUUGUAGGAAAAGAUCUUCAAGGGGUCCUCCACCCUGUAAUCUGGCUCUGAAGAACCUGUGUGAGACCUUCCUACAGCAGAGAGACCAGAGAGCUUCAGAGGAUCUCUGCAGUCUGCACUCUGAGAAACUCAAACUCUUCUGUCUGGACCAUCAGCAGCCAGUGUGUCUCGUCUGCAGAGAUUCAGAGAAACACACCAACCACAGAUUCAGACCCAUCGAUGAAGUUGCUCAGCAACACAAGAAGAACCUUCAGGAAACUCUGGAACCUUUAAAGGAGAACCUGGAGCUCAGGAAGAAAGUUCUAGAGGAGUUUGAUGAGACAGCAGAACACAUGAAGGUCCAGGCCCGACACACAGAGAGGCUGAUUAAGGAGCAGUUUAAGAAGCUUCAUCAGUUUCUAGCAGAGGAAGAGGAGGCCAGGCUGGCUGCACUGAGGGAGGAAGAGGAGCAGAAGAGUGGGAUGAUGAAGGAGAAGAUGGAGGCUCUGAGCAGAGAGAUAGCAGCUCUUUCAGACACAGUCAGAGCCACAGAGGAGGAGCUGAGAGCUGAAGACGUCUCAUUCCUGCACAACUACAAGGCUGCAGUGGAAAGAGUCCAGCGCUGCCCCCUGCUGGAGGAUCCACAGCUGCCCUCAGGAGCUCUGAUAGACCAGGCCAAACAUCUGGGCAACCUGGCCUUCAACAUCUGGAGCAACAUGGAGAACAUGGUCUCCUACACUCCUCUCAUCCUGGACCCAAACACUGCUGCUUCAAGACUCAUCCUGUCUGAAGAUCUGACCAGUUUCACUAAAGGAGAGGAACAGCAGCUUCCUGAUAAUCCAGAGAGGUUUGGGUCAUGGUAUACUGUCCUGAGUUCUGAGGGCUUCAACUCAGGGAACCACAGCUGGGAUGUUGAUGUUGGAGACAGUGAAGGCUGGGCACUUGGUGUGUUAGCAGAGUCUGUCCAGAGGAAAAGAUUCAUAGAGUCUGGAUGGUUGGUUAUAGGGUUCAAUAAAGGUAAAUACUCAGCAUGGUGUCAUCCAGCUCCUCUCAUGGAUCUCUCAGUCCAGAAGAAGCCCCAGAGGAUCAGAGUGAAUCUGGACUGGGACAGAGGAAAGCUGUCCUUCUCUGAUCUGGACACUAACUCACACAUACACACCUUCACACACACCUUCACUGACAAGAUGUUUCCAUGCUUCCUCACUGGGGGUAAAGUAAAAAUGCUACCGAUGAAGAUCUCAGUGAGCAAACAGCAGCUCUGAUGUUCUCAGCAUGAAGAACACAAAGUCCAGAUGAAACCUUGAUGAUAUGAUUGAAACUCAGUGAUUUGAAACAGAAUCUUGGAGCUUUUUAUUCUGAAUUACUUUGAUUUUAAAUUUAGUUCUUGUGUUACUUUAUAUUUUGGGGUAUUAAUCAGAUUUAUUUGUACGAUAAUAAUUAUUGAAAUGUUUAGUCAAAAUCACUGGAUUAUAUUUAGGGGAUACAGAGGGAAGGGGUCUGAAUGUAAAUGCAUGCCACACUUUUCAGAUAUUUACUUUUACAUUUUUUUUGUUUUGCUCCACUUAAUAAAUUGUCAUCAGAUUUAUUGAA